CUGGCGACCUCUCGCGCCCUGGCACUGGCUCUCGAACGCGAGCAGCCUGACCUCGUCAUCUGCGGACGCAACAGCACGGACGCGGAGACCGGACAGGUCGGCCCAGAGAUCGCCGAGAUUCUCGGAGUGCCGCAGAUUACGGCCGUGUCGAAGCUCGACUUAGACCCUGAGGCGGGCACGAUUUCAGCUACACGUCUGACGGACGAGGGCUACCAGGAGUUGGAGUGUUCGCUGCCCGUGCUGGUGACCAUCACCGACGGCGCGGCCGAGGAGAUCUAUCCGAGGCGGGAGCAGAUGCAAGAAGCCGCUUCCAGACCGGUCCAGCAGGUGACCGCCGCCGACCUGACUGAGGAUCUGUCCCAGUUCGGACUGGACGGCUCUCCGACGUGGGUCGAUGAGAUCUUCUCCCUGGAGUCGACAAGGCUCGGCACGGUCGUCCGCGACCUCCCGCCCGACGAAUCGGUGGCACAGCUCAUGGAGUUCCUCGAGGAUGGAGGGGCAGGGGACGGUGCUCAUUGA